UCCAAAACCCUAAAACAUAAAAACUCUAACCUAGCUUUUCUCUCCUUCAACAAUGGCGGAAUCCUUUCCUGUAAAACCAAAACUAAAACCCACCGCCAGCAAGAACACUCUUACCCCUGAAUCUAAGUACUGGAAAUCUUUCAAAGUUCCUAAAGAAAUCGAUGCCCUAUCAAAAUCUUCCGUUAUCCCGAUAACUUCACUCUCCUUUUCUCCGGUUGCCCCUCACGAUUUGGCCGCCACCCAGUCCACCAACGUUUUUAGGUUUCCGGGUAAAACCCUAAUUCCAAAAUCCAAAAUCGCCUCCUUCCCCGACACCUCCGCCUCCGCCUCUUUCCGAUGCGACGGCCAGCUUCUAGCCGCCGGAGAUUUGAGAGGCGGCGUUCACGUGUUCGAAGCGAAGCCCACCAGCCUCAGCAAAUUAAAGGAUCUCCGUCGCUUAAAGGGCCACGCAGCCGCCGCUCGCCUCGUCCGUUACCCACGCGCUUCGGACAAGUUCCACCUCUUCUCCGGCGGGGAUGACUCUGUUGUCAAGUACUGGGACAUUGCAGAGGAGAAAUGCCUCUUCAGUCUUUUCGGGCACAAGGAUUACGUCAGAUGCGGCGAUGCUUCUCCGGUAAGCGACGAGAUGUUCGUUUCCGGUUCUUACGAUCACAAGAUUAAGCUUUGGGAUGUCAGAGUGUCCAGUGUGGGUUCGGUUAUGGAACUCAACCACGAGAAACCCGUGGAGAGUGUGAUCUACUUGCCCUCCGGUGGGUUGAUUGCAACCGCAGGUGGCAAUUUCGUAAAAAUAUGGGAUGUGAUCGGAGGCGGGAGGCUGUUGUAUUCAAUGGAGAGCCAUAACAAGACAGUGACAUCACUUUGUAUGGGCAAGGUUGUUAGAGGAAACGGAGACGAUGCCGAGCAGAACAGGAUACUUAGUGUUUCUUUGGAUGGGUACAUGAAAGUUUUCGACUAUUCGAAGUUCAAGAUUACUCAUUCAAUGAAGUUCCCCGAGCCACUUAUGUCGGUGGCAUUUUCACCCGAUUGUUCGACACGAGUUAUAGGUACCGCGAAAGGGACUAUGUACAUCGCGAGAAGGAAAUCGAAGGUGGAAACUGAAAAAAAUUCGUUGGGAGAUCAAUUUGGGUUCGGGGCUGUGGUGGACGAGCCUCAGAGGAAGGUUCUAAGGCCGUCGCAUUUUAGGUACUUCCAUCGCGGGCAAAAUCAGAAGCCGUUGGAAGGCGAUUACUUGAUAAAGAGGCAGAAGAAAGUGAAGUUGGCUGUUUACGACAAGCUGUUGAAUAAGUUCAGGCACAAGGAGGCAUUGGUUGCCGCUUUGAAUGGGAAGAAUCCGUCGAAUGUUGUGGCAGUUAUGGAGGAGCUGGUUGCGAGAAAGAAGUUGCUAAAAUGUGUGAGCAAUUUGGAUGGAGUGGAGUUGGGUUUGUUGAUGGGGUUCUUGCAGAAAUGUUCGACAAUGCCGAGGUAUGCAGGGCUACUUACGAAGUUGGCGAAGAAGGUUGUGGAAAUGCGGGCGGAUGAUAUAAGGUCUUCGGUUGAACAGAGGAAUCAUAUUAGGAAUCUGAAGAGAGAUGUCGAAGAGGAGCUUAGAGUGCAACAGUCUUUGCUGGAAGUACAGGGGAUAAUAUCUCCAAUGCUGAGGAUUGCUGGCAAAAGAUGAAGAUGAAGAUAUUCCAGUUCUGUGUUACUUAUCUGGUACUGCUUUAAUUUUGAUCAACUGUGAUUUUGUUGGAAUAGUUUGGUUGUUAGCUUUUUUUAAUUUAUGUUGUGUUUUUACUUGUUGAUGCAAUUUUUGCCUGGUGGAAUUUAGUUGAAGUUUGCUCAUUUUUGGUCGUGUUUAGACGAGACUCGGAUAAUCAAAAAACAUGUGGUCAAUUUAAAAUUCAUAAUUUUAAGAUAUGCGUAUUCAAUAUUAGGGUGGGAAGAAAGGGCAAAAGUCCUAUGUGGUCAAGUAUAAGAGUAAGGUUGCAACUGCAUAGGAUGAUAAUGGGAAUGUUGAAGUUGUUGAUUCCCUGCAAUUAGAAAGCACUUUGCGGCCGAGGAUAUAUUUGUACCUCAUCAAGAUUAUCUUGUUUUGUUUGUUGACUUCAAGUUGUUAGUUUCAUUCUUCUCUGUUUUUUUUUUUGGUUGCGAAUUUUGUAAUACAUUUAAUAAUUGGUUUUUAUUUAGUACUUAUGAUGUGAUUCAUGUGGA